AUGGACUUCCAAAUGCUCCAUGGGGCCUUCGUCAGACCACUCCACGAAUACGCCAACCAAGUUGUCUACUCAGGACUCACAAAAGACGUAACCAUCAUUGAGCGUGUCCUGCGAGCCGCCACGAGAAUGGUUGCCGGCCUCAAAUCUGUGGACUACGGAACGCGUCUCGUGAUGCUCGAUCUCUUUCGCCUGGAGUACCGUCGCCUCCAAGGGGACCUAAUUCUUACUUAUGCCCUGUUUGAACAAGGCUUGGCAAACAGGUUUUUACCGAUGAACCAACAAACACACGGCGUGGAUAUAGUGGGAAAAUUUUCAAGUUCAGAGCACACAUUCCUUAGACAACAUUUUUUCCCAUUUCGGGUAGUAGUAUUCGCUCCUACCCUAGUAUUUUCAUCCAUGUUUCGACCCAAUUUGUUUAAUCAGCCAGGACUGGAAGAUAUUGUGAAAGCGGUGCGUGGAAAAAACCUGUUCUUUUCAACAGAUAUCGACAAGGCGAUCGAUGAGGCUGAGCUCAUAUUCAUUUCGGUGGACACACCAACGAAGAAGUACGGUAUUGGACAGGGUCGAGCUCCAAAUAUGGCUAACCUUGAGGCUGCUGCUCGCAAGGUUGCCAAUGUAAGUAGGAGCCCCAAGGUGGUAGUGGAGAAGAGUACGGUACCAAUCAAGGCUUCGGAGACCAUUGCGAGUAUUCUCGACAGCGCGGGUCGGGCCAACGGAUGGAACCGUUUCUCAGAUGGGGAUGCAAAAUCUUCCGGGCUCCAACGGUCGGUGGUUCUCUCCAACCCGGAGUUUCUUGCUGAAGGUACCGCAGUGGAAAACUUGAUGCAUCCUGACCGUGUCCUGAUUGGCGGUGAUGAAGCUAGCGAGUGUGGUCGAUUAGCUAUUGAGAUGCUGAGAAGCAUUUACCUGCACUGGGUAGACGCUGGGCGUAUUCUGGUCAUGUCCACUUGGUCUUCGGAGUUGUCGAAAUUGGCCGCCAAUGCCUUUCUUGCCCAGCGCAUUAGCAGUAUCAACGCAAUUUCUGCCAUAUGCGAAAAGACUGGGGCUGACAUUCGAGAUGUUGCUCGAGCCAUCGGAUCAGAUAGCCGAAUCGGCCCGCACUUUCUCAAAGCCAGUCUUGGCUUCGGUGGAAGUUGUUUCCGCAAGGAUAUACUAAAUUUGGUUUACAUAAGCGAAUGUCUCAAUCUCAAUGAGGUCGCUUCUUACUGGUAUUCCGUCCUACAAAUGAAUGAAUUCCAACACAGUCGAUUCUGUCGUCAAAUCAUUUCCAAGUUCAACAACACCCUGACCGGUAAACGAAUAGCAAUUUUCGGUUUCUCGUUCAAGGCGGACACACACGACACAAGGGAAAGUCAAGCUAUACUUGUGUGCAAUUCGCUGCUUGAGGAAAGGGCCAUAGUAGCAAUUUAUGAUCCCAAAGCACUGCCACACCAAAUUAGAAGUGACCUGCUUUCCUUGCAACAUGCAGACGUUGUCGAUAAACAAGUGGUUGUUUGCUCAACCGCUCUGGAGGCAGUCAAAGGUGCUUAUGCAAUUGUUAUAUGUACCGAAUGGGAGGAGUUUAAGCAUAUGGACUAUAACAAGUUUUUCACAUCCAUGAAAAAACCUCCGAGGCUUUUUGAUGGUCGUGUCCUACUUAAUCACGAAGAUCUGAUGCGUAUCGGAUUCGAAGUGGAGUCAAUCGGCGUAGACAUGUCAAAAAUCGUGCUUAAUGGUCAUUAGUCCACAGCGGACUACCGCUAUUCAUGUGUCUUUCUGUUUGGGUGUCUCUGGAUUGCCAGUUUGAGUGCCUGUAUCAGGUGCGGUUUAUUCAUUAUACUGUUUUAACGAAGAUUUUGAUAUCCCAUUUGUUGCGUCUCCUUGAUUCUCAAUUUCCCACCGAGCAGGGAUGUAUGUUUUCACCCAUUCGUUUUGUCAACCAACAUCAGACAAAUGCUUUUGUGAGCACAGCGCACUUCACCUUUCGAUUUCAUUCCAAUAGUUCAUUCCACUUUAUGAGAUCGUUGUUUCACUCCGUACAGGGCUUAAUUCAAUACUUCGGUCGAGUCCUAAUUGAAUCCGACCCAAAUCUCACAGACUCCACAGUUUCUUACCUAUUCUUUGCUUGAAUAGCACUGACUUCAGUUGUUUUUUCUAAAUGGCUGUUUGUUCAUUUGUCACAAAUCACUGCAAUAAACACUUAUGGUUGAGAAAACUAUGAUUGACAUAUAGGAUAAAUUUUGUGUAAUCUGGGCAUAGUCGCGUUUUUUUUACCAAUAAAAGGAUGAGCACCACUUCGUGUGAACACAUCCUUCCAUCCGUUUAGUUAGGAGAACAACCAACUACCUCGAGAUUGAGUUUUGUUUGCCUGGACACAAAACACGGCGG